AUGGAACACAAACCACAGAAGAAAUGGCAACCCCACAACCCACAGAAGAAAUGGCAGCCCCACAAAUUAAAGCCAACUAAAAAGCCCAAGAAGAAAGGAGUUGUUGAUGAGGAAAAAACUUCUGACACAGAGUCACUGCUGGCAUUAAGCGAUAGCAGCUAUGACACUGAUUUGGCAUCAUCUUCUGACUCAAAUUAUGAUGAGCCUGACUGUUCUGACUCUGAUGCAAGCUAUGCACAUGACGAUAUUGAUGAUGAGAAUGUGGAUCAGUGCAAAACAGCAGUAACCCACCAUGCAAUCUUGGGUGGUUAUCUCAUUAGAACUGUGAGUAAAAACCAAAACUGGUUUAGGGCACAUUGUAGGCUAAGAAAGGAGACAAACUGCAAGUGGACUUCUUAUGCAUCAACUAGCAAGAAAUAUGUUGGUUGCAAGGUAAAGGUGAAUGGGCCAUUGCACACUUGUGGUUCUGAAAAUAAGCAUGGUGACACAAUGGCGUCGCAGAGUUGGAUUGCUAAUAGGGUGGUUUACAGGGGCAAGGAGAAGGCUAUGGACAUGUUUUAUGGCAAAUGGGAUGAUAGUUAUGAGCUACUUCCAUCUUAUAAAGCUGCCCUUCUUGCCACUCUUCCUGGAAGCAUUGUCGAGUUGGACACGGAAGAGGACAAAGGGAGUGUGUACUUUAGAAGAUUUUUUGUUGCUCUAAAGCCAUGCAUUGAUGGGUUCUUACAGGGGUGCCGUCCCUACAUUGCUAUGGACUCAACCCACUUGACAAGAAGGUCUAGAGGUCAGUUGGCAGCUAAUGUAGCUAUUGAUGGCCAGAAUAAGCUAUUUUCAGUGGCAUAUGGGGUGAUUGAGACGGAGUCGACUGAUAGUUGGACAUGGUUUGUUCUUAACCUAAAGAAAGCCAUAGGUACUCAUCCAGGAUUUGUCAUCAGUACCGAUGCAGGUGUGGAGCAUCGGGAAUGUAUGAGGCAUCUUUGCAAGAACAUGAAGAAGAAAUUCCAUGGUUUUUUGUUUUCUCAACACAUGUGGGCAACUGCCAAGACCUACACUAACCAGGGUCAAGAGUACCACUUGGGUAAGAUAAAGGAGAAGUGCCAAGCUACAAUAGUUUGGUUGGAUGAGUACCAUCCAUACACAUGGAAUUGGGUGUCAAAAACCAAAGACUUGCAGAUUGUGGAGAUGCAUGAGAGGAUAAGAAAGAUGAUUGUAACCAAGAUUGAUGCAAGAGGUAACAUUGCUAGAAAGAUGGAGGGCAGAAUAAUCCUAGACAUUACAAAAGCUCUUAGUGCUAUCGGCAAGGAUAUUAAGGACCAUGAGGUUCUAAGAUGUGGAUAUGGCACAGCUGAGGUCACUGUAUCCACUGUGACACAUGCAGUCAACUUGGAAGAUAGGACUUGCAGCUGCAGAGCUUGGCAAUGCAAGUGGGAGUGCGGGUGGAAGUGA